UUAAACUGUUAACACAAUUUAAAGUUCAGGCAAAGCAUUUUAUAUCCAAAUUCUCUCCACAUGACGUUGUAUCAAAUAAUGAUUCCAUCGUAACACGAUUAAUCAUUAACAUUUAAGUCCCGGCAAGGUUCCUGAUGAGUCAGUGAACACACAGGCAAGCACGUACAACCUUUGCACACAGGUGAGUAUAAACAACCCUUUAGUCCAUUUGCCAGGAAAGUACUCCGAGAGCCCCUGUUCUGACAUCACGCUGGCUCCACCCAGACUUACACCCACUCGCUGUUCACAGUGUGUGAAGAAGCUUCCCUCAGGAAGGACUACAAUCAACUCUCUCCACAAUCAACAAGAGUUUUAGCACGCCACUGGGGAAACUACUGAAACAAGUUAACAUUUAUGAACUGUGGAUAAAGACACGACUCGUUUGAUGUCAGUUAUACACUUACUGGAUUGAAUAUCAAGGGAAAAAAGCUCUGUGUUGUCUGUUCCACUUGAAGCCUUUAACAAGGACCUCCCCACCUGGAUGAUACGUGUGUAAGGAUUUGAAUAUUUUGGCGAUCGCUCUUGGGAAUAACAGUCAAGGGACGAAGAAAACAUUCAGGAUUUAAGUAAAGGAUUACUUUUUCUCACAUUUCCUCUGGAUAUUUUCUUAUUUUCAUAUUGUAAUGGGUUUUAGUCUAUGAUUGCGUGAGAGCUGCGAGAGCAGAGCGGGGACCGAGGGGGAGCAGUGCCAACCUGGAACAUGGUGCCUAAUAUUUGCACAUCCGUGCCCCUCCUGCCCAUUGGGCUUCCUCUUCUGCUACUGCUGAGCUGCGUUCAAUUCUCCUCUCAGGCAGACAGCUUGCCAAAUUUCAUCAAAUCUCCAGAGGACCAGACGGGGAUUUCGGGAGGAGUGGCAUCCUUUGUGUGCCAAGCAGCGGGUGAGCCCAAGCCUCGGAUCACAUGGAUGAAGAAAGGAAAGAAAGUUAGCUCCCAGCGCUUUGAGGUGAUUGAAUUUGAUGAUGGCUCGGGCUCAGUUCUCCGCAUACAGCCGCUACGUACUCACAGAGACGAGGCCAUCUACGAGUGCACAGCCACCAACAGCGUGGGAGAAAUUAACACCAGUGCCAAACUUACUGUGCUGGAAGAAAGCCAGAUUCCUCAUGGCUUCCCCACCAUCGACAUGGGCCCUCAGCUGAAAGUGGUUGAGCGAACAAGAACAACCACUAUGCUCUGUGCCGCCAGUGGGAACCCUGACCCAGAGAUCACUUGGUUCAAGGACUUCCUGCCUGUAGACAUCAACGGAAAUGGGCGAAUCAAACAGCUUCGUUCAGGGGGUUCGCCGAUACGAGGAGCUCUACAGAUUGAAAACAGCCAGGAGUCAGACCAGGGCAAGUACGAAUGUGUGGCCACGAACAGCGCCGGGACGCGCUACUCUGCCCCCGCCAAUCUCUACGUGCGAGUACGGCGAGUGCCGCCCCGUUUCUCUAUCCCACCUACCAACCACGAGGUGAUGCCAGGGGGCAGUGUCAACCUCACCUGUGUGGCGGUAGGUGCCCCCAUGCCCUACGUCAAAUGGAUGGCUGGAGAGGUGGAGCUCACCAAGGACGAGGAGAUGCCUGUGGGACGCAAUGUCCUGGAGCUCACCAAUAUCCGUCAGUCGACCAAUUACACCUGUGUGGCUAUCUCAUCUCUCGGUAUGAUCGAGGCAACCGCGCAAGUUUCUGUCAAAGCACUCCCAAAGCCUCCUACAUCUCUAAUUGUGACGGAAACCACAGCUACCAGUGUUACACUGACAUGGGAUUCUGGAAACCCCGAACCUGUGUCUUACUACAUUAUCCAGUACCGGGCCAAGUCCGCUGACACCAACUUCCAGGAAGUGGAUGGUGUUGCCACCACACGUUAUAGCAUCGGUGGUCUCAGCCCUUAUUCCGAGUAUGAGUUCCGCGUCAUGGCGGUCAACAACAUUGGCCGUGGGCCACCCAGCGACCCAGUUGAAACACGGACGGGUGAACAGGCACCUUCCUCCCCACCACUGCAUGUCCAGGCACGUAUGCUGAGUGCCAGCACCAUGUUGGUGCAGUGGGAACCGCCGGAGGAACCUAAUGGUCAGAUUAGAGGCUAUCGCAUCUACUACACAUCUGACCUGGACGCACCCCUCAGUGCCUGGCAAAAACACAACACAGACGACAGUCGUCUCACCACCAUCUCGAGCCUGACCCCCGACAUCACCUACAGCCUACGUGUGUUGGGCUUUACAUCUGUAGGGGAUGGACCCCCAUCUGAUGUGUUGCAGGUCAAGACACAGCAAGGAGUACCUGCUCAGCCUUCCAACUUUGAGGCCGAAGCAGAGCUGGAUACACGGAUUCAGCUAACUUGGCUGUGGCCAGUCCAGGACCCCAUCAUCAAAUAUGAGCUGCUAUAUUGGGAAGCUGACUCAGAGAACAAGAUCCAUGUGACCUUCGACCCUGCCGGCUCAUACGCUGUUGAAGGUCUAAAGCCGGACACUCUGUAUAAAUUCUCCUUGGCGGCCCGCUCUGAAAUGGGGCUAGGGGUCUUCACUCAACCCAUUGAGGCCAGGACCGCCCAGUCCACCCCCUCUGCCCCCCCUCAAGACGUGCACCUGCUCAGUCUGAGCUCCACCAGCAUCAAGGUGAGUUGGGUGGCGCCGCCCGCCGCUAGUCGCCAUGGCGCUAUUGCGCGCUACACAGUCAGCUACCAGGCAGUGAACAGCGAAGACACUGACCGCCAUGAGGUACCGGACAUUGGAGCGGAUGCCACCAGCUAUGUGCUGGAGGGCCUGGAGAAGUGGACGGAGUAUCAGGUGUGGGUGAGAGCGCACACCGAUGUGGGCCCCGGCCCUGAGAGCACAGCUGUGCGUGUCCGUACCAACGAGGACGUGCCUGGAGCCCCACCUCGGAAAGUUGAAGUAGAGGCUGUGAACUCCACAGCUAUCCGUGUGACAUGGAAGCCUCCUCUUUCUGGGAAGCAGCACGGCCAGAUCCGGGGAUACCAGGUCAUAUACUCCCGCCUGGAGAACGGAGAGCCACGUAGUCAGCCAAAUAUAUUGGAUGUUGCUCUGCCAGAAGCACAGUGGAAAAUUGAAGAGUCCACGGAAUAUGAGGCUGUCAUCACUGGACUUCUCUCCGAGACCUCUUACUCUGUUACUGUGGCAGCGUACACAACCAAGGGUGAUGGGGCACGCAGCAAAGCCAAAGUCGUCACCACCACCGGAGCAGUGCCUGGGAAACCCACCAUGAUCAUCAGCACCACCAUUGGCAACACGGCCCUCAUCCAGUGGCAGCCUCCUAAGGACAUGGUGGGUGAGCUGAUCGGCUACCGACUGAGGUACAAGCGUGUGGAGGAAGAGAACUACGAAGUCCGUGAGUUCGCACGCACCGACGACCACCACACCGCCACAGAACUGCACAAGGGCGCCACCUACACCUUCCACCUGAGCGCCAGGAACCGGGCGGGAGCUGGAGAGGAGUAUGUAAAAGAGAUCAGCACUCCGGAGGACGUGCCAAGUGGGUUUCCCCUCAACCUACGAGUUGUGGGACUGACCACCUCCACCACCCGCCUCGCCUGGGACCCCCCGGCCCUGUCGGAGCGAAAUGGCCGGAUCGCACAAUACCUAGUGAUGUACCGCGACAUCAACAACAUACAGAACGGCACCAAUCGCACCUCCGACACUCAGAUGACCAUCCAAGGGCUUCGACCAGACACCACCUAUGAUAUCCGUGUGCAAGCCUUCACCAGCAAGGGAGGGGGUCCCAUAAGUCCUAGUAUCCAGAGCAGGACCAUGUCUACAUCACCUGCAUUUGCCACAAGUUUUGGUGUCAAAGCUGUGAUGAAAACCUCUGUUCUUCUCACCUGGGAGGUACCAGAAAAUUAUAAAUCCCAAGUGCCUUUUAAGAUCCUCUAUAACCAGCAGAGUGUGGAGGUCCAGGGCAACCUCAAGAGGAAGCUGAUCACACGACUGCAGCCGGACACCAAUUACUCCUUCGUGCUGAUGAGCCGGGGGAACAGCGCUGGUGGCCUGCAGCAGCAGGUCUCCAUCCGUACCGCACCGGACCUGUUCAAAACUAAACCUGUCCUGUUCAUUGCAGACCAGACCAGCAAUGGUAAACUCACCAUUAACCUGCCCAAAGUACCCACCACAGCUCCUGUCAGGUGGUACUACAUUGUGGUCGUGCCCAGGUCUGUUGCAUCAUCUCGUAAGUGGGUUAAUCCUGACGAGAUGGAGCUGGAUGAGCUCUUGGAGUCUACUGAAGGAGCUCUGCUCAGGAGACGACGUCACACGGACACUGUUAGGCCGUACAUCGCCGCAAAGCUGCCCUCCCUCCCAGACACCUUCACCCUGGGCGACGAAAAGACAUACAACGGCUUCUACAACCGUCCCCUUCCUAACAACCACUAUCAGUGCUUUGUCAUGGCCGAACUCAAGGACCAAUACCCCGUUAUUGCCAAUGAGAAACAGCGGACUUUCUCGGCCAGCCCAUACUCGGACCCCAUCAUCGUGCAGGAUAAACACGUUAUGCAGCCCAGUGUGGAACAGCCUGAGAUGCUUUGGGUUAUGGGCCCUGUUCUUGCAGUAGUGCUCAUCGUCAUCAUAGUCAUCGCCAUCCUGCUCUUCAAAAGGAAGAGGGCGUCCCCCCUACCGAAAGAUGAUCACUCUAGUGGUGUGAAGGAUUGUCUUCUGGCCAACUCGUCUGAUCCUGUAGAAAUGAGGAGACUCAACUACCAGACACCAGGAAUGAGGGAACAUCCUCCCAUUUCUGUCUGCGAGCUAGCAGACCACAUUGAGCGACUCAAGGCCAACGAUGCCCUUCGAUUUUCACAGGAGUAUGAGUCCAUUGAUCCAGGCCAGCAGUUCACAUGGGAGAACUCCAACUUGGAGGUCAACAAGCCAAAGAACCGUUAUGCCAACGUCAUUGCUUACGACCACUCGAGAGUUGUUCUCACCCCUGUGGACGGUGUUCCAGGCAGCGACUACAUCAAUGCCAACUACAUUGAUGGUUACCGUAAGCAGAACGCCUACAUUGCCACGCAGGGCCCUUUGCCUGAGACUCUGAGCGACUUCUGGAGGAUGGUUUGGGAGCAGAGAGCCAGUACCAUCGUCAUGAUGACCAGACUAGAAGAGAAGUCCAGGGUCAAGUGUGACCAGUAUUGGCCCAUUCGUGGCACAGAGACUUACGGAAUGAUCCAAGUGACCAUGCUUGACGCUGUUGAGUUGGCAACUUACAGUGUGCGCACCUUUGCCCUUUACAAGAAUGGCUCUAGCGAGAAGCGCGAGGUCAGACAGUUCCAGUUCAUGGCCUGGCCAGACCACGGAGUGCCUGAAUACCCCACCCCCAUCCUAGCCUUCCUGCGCAGGGUCAAAGCCUGCAACCCUCCUGAUGCUGGACCCAUGGUAGUGCACUGCAGUGCUGGAGUGGGCCGCACGGGCUGCUUCAUAGUUAUUGACGCCAUGCUGGAGCGGAUGAAACACGAGAAGACGGUAGACAUUUAUGGCCACGUCACAUGCAUGAGAGCCCAGAGGAACUACAUGGUGCAGACGGAGGACCAGUACAUCUUCAUCCACGAGGCCUUGCUGGAGGCCGCCACCUGUGGAAACACAGAGGUCCCUGCCCGAAACCUCUACGCCCACAUCCAGAAGCUCACCCAGCCACCGCCAGGAGAGACCGUCACAGCCAUGGAGCUGGAAUUUAAGAGACUCGCCAACUCCAAAGCCCACACCUCGCGAUUCAUCAGCGCCAACCUGCCCUGCAACAAGUUCAAGAACCGGCUUGUCAACAUCAUGCCUUUUGAGUCCACACGGGUGUGCCUGCAGCCAAUCCGAGGAGUGGAGGGGUCUGACUACAUCAAUGCCAGCUGCAUCGAUGGAUACAGACAGCAGAAGGCCUAUAUUGCCACUCAGGGCCCCCUAGCGGAGACCACUGAGGACUUCUGGAGGAUGCUAUGGGAGCACAAUUCCACUAUUGUAGUGAUGCUGACCAAACUCAGAGAGAUGGGAAGGGAGAAGUGUCAUCAGUACUGGCCAGCUGAGCGCUCGGCCCGCUAUCAGUACUUUGUGGUGGAUCCCAUGGCUGAAUACAACAUGCCCCAGUACAUCCUGCGAGAGUUUAAAGUCACAGAUGCCAGGGACGGUCAAUCUAGAACCAUUCGGCAGUUCCAGUUCACUGACUGGCCAGAGCAAGGAGUGCCAAAAACUGGCGAGGGAUUCAUUGAUUUCAUUGGCCAAGUUCAUAAAACCAAGGAGCAGUUUGGGCAGGAUGGACCAAUCACUGUGCACUGCAGUGCUGGAGUGGGAAGAACAGGUGUUUUCAUCACUCUCAGUAUUGUCCUGGAGAGGAUGAGAUAUGAGGGUGUGGUGGAUCUGUUCCAGACAGUUAAGACCCUGCGCACACAAAGGCCUGCCAUGGUGCAGACAGAGGACCAGUACCAGCUGUGCUACAGAGCCGCUUUGGAGUACCUGGGGAGCUUUGAUCACUAUGCAACGUAACCACUCCUGGACCACAGCCCUCUGGUACAACUCUUCAGGAGUGCACCAAGUGUUCCUUCUGAGCCACCGUUCCCCAUCCCCAUCCUGUACAGAGUUCUGGGGGGUGGGAAGGGCAGGCUAUCCAGUGGCUGGUUAACCAAUCACAGCAGUCCGUUAUUGACUGGCACCAAGAGAUUGCUUUAAGAAAUAUAGACAACUCUCUAUCAAGAAGCACCAUCUACAAAAACUAUUCUAGUUUCUCUUUAGCGUACGCCAACCCACACUACAGUCGAAGGCUACUGGUAGCACUAAUUCUUCGUUUCUUUUUUUUCCCCUUCCUGUUUGGCUCUUUUUUUUUGAAAAAACAAAAUUCAUGGUUAUCAUUUGUUAUUAUUUUUUUUUAAAUCAGUAUGACAAUAUUGUUAUUAUUCUUAUUUAGAAUAUUUGUGUUUUUUUAAUCAUCUUUUAACAUCUUUUGUCUUAAUGGCCUUUUCCGUGGGUCUACCUUUUCCUUAAUUGGUACUGUUUUAUUUUUAUUUUCUUCAUAAUAGGUUAUUUUAGCACAAGAACAUGUAUUUUUAACAUGUUCCUGAUACUAAUACCAGAGAACCGCUGUUCUCUAAGCUGCUGAUGGUUUGACUUUGUAACAUGAUUUUACUGUUAUUUUGUUUUUUUCUUCGUUAUGUAGAAUUGGUCUUAUUGGGCUAAAAUGAGAGGGUUCACUUUUGGAGAAGUCUUUAAUGUUCUGUCUCUGUCUCAAUGAUAAAAGAAAAAUCUCCAACUGCGAGACGUAUGCAUUUGGGUUAUUGGUACUAAAUUAAGAAAAGCUUUUUGUAGGGGAAAGCAAGUCAACUAACUAAUAAAAUCGGCACUGUACAGAACUCAGUAGGGGUUAAAUGCGAUUUGUGAGGAAUACAUUAUGACCUUCUGAUGGGAGCGCGUUCAUCGUGAGGGACGUUACCAGGAACUGAACGCAAUCCUAACGAAAAGUGCCCCUUGCACCCCGCUUCUCUGUGACAUUUGAAGACCUGAUAUUGAAAUGAGACCAAUCGCCAUUGGCAUCUGUACAGUAUAAACCACUCCCCCAAGGGAGAGUCAGCUCUGUUUAAUCCAACUCUUCUUUUUAUACAGAAAUAUAUAUAUAUAUAUACAUAAAUUUAUAAUUAUGAAUAAAUAUAAAUACUAUUAUAGAUACAGUAUAUAAACAGCUUCUGCUCUAUUGUCCAUAAUUCUCUCAAAACGUUAUAUCCUGGACUCUUCUUGAUAUACCAACAUAGAGAAAAUUACACGAGAGACUGCUGUGUGUGAAUCUAUUCAUGGUACAAAAGUUAUAUCUACUGUAUUAUCUACGCACCCCAGGUAUUUGGCGGUCUCCUCUGGUGGGGUGAGGCAGCACAAGUCAAAUUAAAAACAAUUCCUACAGGACGUCAUUUCAUGCCUGCUUGAUUACAACCGGCAUGUUAAAGGGAGACCUGGCCAUACGUUCGGAAUAUGUUGGCAAAUUCAUUUUUACCUUGUGAAUGAUUAGUGCUGUAGAGGUUCGAUCUGUUGUAUACACAGUCUGUUUUCUAUUUGUUAAUAAGAAAACUGGAAUAAAAAAAAUGUUGCAGGAAAAAAACUCGAUGUAAUAAAGUUCAGUAAUUGGUUUUUGUACAAAAUAUUGUCUCUGCGUGUUU